CGGGCGUGUUUGAUGAGCUGUUAAAUGUGUGAGUGUCGGUUGGAUUACUGAGACGAAUACGGAUUGCGGAUCGCGUUUUUAAUGAAUGGAUCCGUCUGGUUUUAACACACUGCAGCGUCACUCCUGUCAGAUAAUGAACCCGGAGUUGUUUCAGGCGUCUCCGGAGCGCAACUCGCCCGCGCCGGCGAACAAACCGAGCCGGAAUAAGUGCGAACAAGCCAGAGUGGAGCUGGCGCAGGUGGUGGUGGAUCCGAAAACUGGACGAACGUACUCAAAAGGAAAGCUUCUGGGAAAGGGAGGGUUUGCUCGCUGUUAUGAGAUGACUGAUAUUUCCAGCAACAAGAUGUAUGCUGUGAAGGUAAUCCCACAAAGCAGAGUGUCCAAGCCACACCAGAGGGACAAGAUAACGAAUGAAAUCGAACUGCACAGAACCCUCCAGCACAAACAUGUCGUCAAAUUCUCUCAUCAUUUUGAAGAUCAGGACAACAUCUACAUCUUCCUCGAGCUCUGCAGCAGAAAGUCCUUGGCACAUAUUUGGAAAGCUCGACACACCCUGACAGACCCUGAAGUACGUUACUACCUCAGGCAAAUUAUUUCUGGCCUCAAAUACCUCCACAACAAAGGAAUCCUCCAUCGAGACCUCAAACUAGGCAACUUCUUUGUGAAUGAGAAUAUGGAAUUGAGAUUAGGAGACUUUGGGUUGGCAGCAAAGCUGGAGACGGUUGAGCAGAGAAAGAAAACUAUCUGUGGAACUCCGAACUACCUGGCACCAGAAGUGUUAAAUCGUCAAGGACAUGGGACCGAGUCAGAUGUUUGGUCACUGGGCUGUGUGAUGUACACUCUUCUGUGUGGGAACCCUCCGUUUGAAACAUUAGACUUGAAGGAAACGUACAAAUGCAUCAAAGAAGUGAAGUAUACACUUCCUCCAUCACUCUCUGCAGCUGCACAAAAGUUGAUCUCUGGCAUUCUUCAAAAGGACCCCAGUGAUCGCCUUACUCUCGACCAGAUUCUGGCUCACGAGUAUUUCAGCAAGGGCUUCACUCCAGACAAACUUCCACCCAGUGCAUGUGUGAUGGUCCCAGAGCUCAACCCACCCAGCCCUGCUAAGAAGUUCUUUACUAAGAUGGCCAAGAGCCUCUUUGGCAAGAAAAAGUCCAAAGCAGAGAAAAUCUCCAGUGAAGACAAGGAGGACAUUUCCAAGCUUGUUUCGGGUAUGGUGAAACAUUCAAUCAGUCGUCAGAUCAGCUACAAGACAGUGGGAGUGAAUGAGGUUGCAAAUCCUGCAGGUCAGUUGGCUGUUUCUCGACCUUUAGACACACCAGUUGAGGAUGAGUCCAAAAAAUCCACCUCCCGCUCCUUCAAAGGCACGGUGGCCAGCAGUACUGAUGGAUGUGAAGAUGCACUGACCCCUGCUGCUGUGGCUGAGGCUGCCAUGAAGGUCCUCGUUAACUGCUUGUCUACCAUGCCGGCAGGAUCUAGGAACAAUCCAUGCGUCACAAAGCCUGAGCCUUUCGUCUGGGUGACAAAGUGGGUGGAUUACUCCAACAAAUAUGGUUUUGGGUACCAGCUCUCCAAUCAGAAUGUUGGUGUGCUCUUUAACGAAGGCACUCAUCUGAGUCUGUGUGACCAGCGAAGGGUAGUUCGUUAUUGUUUAACCAACAAUAAACACUUCACUUUUCAAGCUGAUGCACUACCAGAACAACUCCAGAGCCAGAAACACAUUGUGGGGCUAAUGGCCAACUACAUGGAUCAGAACCUCAUGGAGGGUGGAGAUCUGGGUUGUGAUGAGCAGCCAUCUCCUUCUGAAUGUCCCCUUCUCCUGCAAUGGAUGAAGACUGACCAUGCUUUAGUAAUGCUUUUUAACAAUGGUUUGCUACAGGUAAACUUCUACACUGAUCACACUAAGGUGAUCCUGUCGAAAUCAGCAGAUCAAUACUUGUUGACCUAUAUUAGUCGUGAGCGGAUCUCCUCCUCAUAUCCUCUGAACACCCUCAGUGAGCACGGCUGCUCCUCUGAGCUGCGCCACCGACUCCAUUACAUGGUGCAGCUGCUGCAGCACUACACCAAAACAUAAAUGAACCACAAAAAAGGACUAAAACAUUAAGGUCUAGGACUGAAACCAUAUCUGGAGAAGCUUGCAUUUCACCAAAAAAAGUUCUCCCAACAUAUAUUCUGGCCUCCUUGGACUUAUGGUGCACAUUUUGGAUUUUUUUUUUUUUAACACAGACACUACCAGCUUGACUUCACAUUGUACACAACAAAGUGGCCAGGAGAUAGAGAAAACUCCUGUGCUGAGGAUGAGGCUUUUUGUUUUGAUCACCUGCCUUGCUCUUUAUUUAAUAUUGACUUUUUCACUAAGUACACAUCAAGCAUGGAAAGCUGGAGAUUCUACACAUUUUAAGAAAAGUGAUUUCAUUUUAAACCUGGGGGGCUAGUAGCUAAAAUCUGUGGCUGACCAGCUGUAACUCAUGUUGAGGUAUGAAGGGAGAGUAAAGUGCCUUUUCUGAGGGACCUCUUCUGGGUUGUGCAAUAAUUGCCCUUCUGUAUCUUAAGCUCAAAUAACAAAAAGAUUUCAGAAAGGGCUUGUAUGGUGGAGCCUUUUAUUCUGCAUUCAGUUUGAUUUUGAUUGUGUCUCAAUAGAUGGAGGUAAGCACUACAAAUACUUGCUAUAAGCUUUUUGCCCGGUACAAGAUCUUGGUAAUAUGUAAUAUGUAUUUCGUUUGUGCCUCCAACUGUUUACGUCAAAACCUUCACCACAUGACAUUGUUCUGAAUACUGUGACACUGACUGUAAAAUGUUAAAGAUUUUUUUUUUUUUUGCAUCCCAUGAUUGUGAGUCAUUUAUCUUUUCAGGCGAAUUUUGGCACAUUUAUGUAUUGUACAUGUAUUUAUGUUUUAAUUUAUUUUUUAUUUAUUAAUGUGACUCUGGCGUAUCACUGUGUAACUGUUCAGUAUCACUUUUUUAUGUAUUGAUAUGGAGUUUUGGGAAGGGAAAUAAAGUUUGUUAAAAUGCA